AUGCAGGUGCCGCGUGUUCGGCGCCGGUCGGCAAUCGUCGGUCGCGACGGCAUCGGCGGUGGCUACAUGGUGCUCUUGACUCCUGCGAAGCGCGCGCGCAACGAAACACGACGUGCACCGGUUGGACCAGUCGCGGCGGCGGUCGUUACCUGUUCGUUUGUGGUCGGUGUUACCGUAUGGUUCUUUGUACGCGACUGCGACGGCGGUUCGACGUGGUUAUCGCACGGAGCGAAUAACUUCUAUUCUGCUGGACCACGAUUAAGUAUUUCUGAACGUAUAACUAAAAAUUAUCCAGUGUACCAGACUUCACCUAAUUAUAUGUCAUUAGACUUCACACAUUUUUCUCAAGCAACGCAAUUGAGUAAUAUUUAUGAAAAACAAUUACUUGAAGACUAUGACUACGAAUAUUCAAAUGAUUCAUUUUUUAACAAAAUAACAACACAUUUUAAAAUUCUUAAAGUACAAAAAAUUAAUAACCCUCAAAUAUAUGGCAUGUAUCUAUUGCACAAAGAAGAAUUGGAAUUGGAUGGUAACAGUGAAAACGUAAAAGAGAAAACGUUGUUUCACGCAACAUCUAUACGGAAUGCAGAAAGUAUUGCAAGACACAAUAUUGAUUGGCGAAAGACAAACCGAACCCGAUUUGGAAUUGGUGCUUGUUUUUCACCAUGUACGCAUUAUGCCAAUAAAUAUGCUGGAUCGAAGGAAGCCUUUAUAAUUGCUAAAGUUCUGGUGAAAAAUAUUAAGACAACAGGUAUCAACUAUAGUUUAGAAAUACCGCCAACAAACGACUGUGACACGACACUAGGGAACGGAGAAUACGUUUAUGUGAAAUAUGACGAUAAUACGUUUUAUCCGGAAUAUAUUGUUCAUUAUUCCUAA